UCCAGCGGCUGGGAAACACACCCGUCAGCAACGCGCAUUGGAGAGAGGAGAAGAAAAAAAAAAACGCAUCACGGACAAAGGAAAAAAUAUGAACGCUCCGUGGAGCAUUGAUUUCAGCCGGGCAACGCGAUGGAUGAGCCGCUCCUGUUUCAUUCACCGGGAGACCAAUUAGCCCACCUUCAUGAGGUGCUGGGAUGCGAGAUACUGCAAGCAAAAAAGGCGGAAGGGUGCGUUUAAUCCGUCUGCGGAUCCUGUGAGCUUGCCAUGGCUGUGACGGGGACAUGCAACUGGACAGGGAGGAAUGUGCCUUUUUAUUAUUUUGUGCUGUUUUCCUUAUUUUGUGGCCUUGGGUUUGGACAGCUGCGGUAUUCGAUCACAGAAGAACUGGAAAACGGAGCUCUGGUAGGUGAUCUGGCGCACGAUUUGGGGCUGGAUAUUCGAAGGCUCUCCACCCGAAAAAUCAAGUUAACCUCCAACAGCGGGAAGCGCUACGUGAUUGUCAAUCCCAAAAAUGGCAAACUGCUCGUCAAUGACAGGAUCGACAGAGAGGCGCUGUGCGAUUUGUCUAGCACCUGCCUCAUUAAUCUGGAGGUGAUGGUAGAAAACCCCCCAGAGGUGCACCACGUCGAGGUGGAGAUUGUGGAUGCAAAUGACAAUGCGCCGCAGUUCCCCAGAGACGAGUAUCAACUGGAAAUAACAGAAUCGGCUAUGCCAGGCUCCCGUUACCCAAUUGAAAACGCUCAAGAUCCAGAUAUUGGGUCCAAUUCUGUCCGCAUGUAUCAGCUCAGCACAAACGAGAAUUUCGCGCUGGUAUCAAACAAACCUUCAAUCAACACAAAGCACAUAGAGCUAGUGCUCAAAAAGCCCCUGGAUCGUGAGCAGACGCCUUACCACCAGUUAAUUCUAAGUGCUGUAGAUGGUGGAAUACCUGAAAAAACAGGCAUGGCCAAAAUCAACAUCCGGGUCCUGGACUCAAAUGACAAUGUCCCGGUGUUCGACAACUCGGUAUACAAGGUGAAACUGUUAGAAAACUCCCCCAAAGAUACCCUUGUGAUAAAACUGAAUGCGACUGACUUGGACGAAGGCACAAAUGGAGAGGUUUAUUACUCUUUCAGCAGCUACACGCCAGAGAGAGUCAGACAGAUGUUCAGCAUGGACACCAAUACAGGUGAAAUAAGAGUGAGGAGCAAUGUUGAUUAUGAGGAGACCAACUCUUAUGAGAUGUACAUCCAGGCAAUGGAUAAGGGCCCGGGUGCAGUUGCAGCCCACUGUAAGGUGGUUGUAGAGGUUGUAGAUGUGAAUGAUAAUGUCCCUCAGAUAGUGCUGUCAUCUCUCUCAAGCCCUGUGAGGGAGGACGCCCGUGCAGACACAGUAGUGGCCCUCAUUAGUGUCACUGAUCGAGACUCCGGCACUAACAAGCAGGUGACCUUAGAGAUCCCAGCAGGCCUUCCAUUCAAGAUCAAGUCAUUCAGAAACUACUACACCCUGGUUACCUCAGCCUUCCUGGACCGCGAGACCACUGAUGCCUACAAUGUCACUCUGAGUGCCACGGACGGAGGAAACCCUCCGUUAUCUUCCCAGAAGACCAUACAGGUGGAUGUGGCAGACGUUAAUGACAACCCGCCACGCUUUGAGCAGACUUCAUACACAGUAUAUGUGACUGAGAACAAUGCCCACGGGGCCUCUUUGUGUACUGUGAAAGCUCAAGAUGCAGACAUCAAAGAGAACGCACGCAUCACCUACACAGUGCUCAAUGACAACAACCACGGCAUUCCUGUCACCUCAUAUGUGUCUGUGAAGGCCGAUACAGGGGAGGCUUAUGCCCUGCGAGCCUUCGACUAUGAGUCACUGAGAGAGUUUCAUUUCCAGGUCAAAGCCCAGGAUGGGGGCAUUCCUCCGCUCAGCAGAGUUGCUACCGUCUACAUCUAUAUAAUGGAUCAGAAUGACCAUGCUCCACUGAUAGUCAGUCCUGCUGGCAAUGGGACACGGUCCCUGGAGACGGUACAAAAGAAUGCAGAGCCUGGUGCCUUAGUGACAAAAGUGGUGGCAUAUGAUGCAGAUGCUGGUCCGAAUGCUUGGCUGGUCUACGUGCUGGAGACUGCCACUGACCUGGACCUUUUCAAAGUGCAUGAGCACACCGGAGAGAUCCGGACCACUCGAAGGAUCCUGGAGGACAACUCCACUUCUUUUGCUCUAACAGUUGUGGUGAAAGACCAUGGUGAGCCAAUUCUCUCCUCUACGGCCACCAUUAAUGUGGCAGUCAUGGAGGUGGCGCCGAAAGUGGCACCUGAUACCAAGAAAGUUAUGCGACCUCAUACCACAUGGUUUUUCUCAAACGUGACUCUCUACCUUAUUGUAGCUUUGAGUGCCACAACGUUUGUAUUCCUGGUCACUGUGGUGGUGCUUGCCAUUGUCCGCUGCCAUGCCUACUGCUCACAGCCAGGUUCCUGUUCCCCUUGCUGUGGGUCACAGAAGCCUCCUCCAGAUGGCGGGAGCAGCAGUGUCAGUGCAGGCGGGGGAGGAGGUGCAGGGGCGCCGGGACAGCCUAACAACAACGUUGUGCUUCGAAGAGACCUUAAAGUGGAACCUCAUUACAUCGAGGUGCGUGGGAAUGGUUCCCUGACAAAAACGUACUGCUACAAGACCUGCUUGACCGCCACCUCUGGCAGUGACACCUUCAUGUUCUACAACACGGGUCGGCCUAUCAGCGGCACCUGGGGUAGUGGCGCUGACCGUUUCUUCACUAGUGGAAGUGGAUUUGUAAGGAGACUGAGUAUGCCUGAUGCCUCACUUCAGAUAUGUCCAGAGCCAAAGGCCCCGAAUGCUGACUGGCGAUACUCUGCGUCUUUGAGAGCAGGGGUGCAGAGUUCUGUCCACAUGGAGGAGUCUUCGGUGAUGCAGGGUGCCCAGGGGAUGCUGGUGCAGAACUGGCCUACUGUAUCCAGUGCUGCAGAUGGAGAGGGCGGUGGGGAACUCUCUCCCCCAGUGGGUGCUGGAGUCAACAGCAAUAGCUGGCACUUCCGAUACGGUGCUGGACAAGGCUAUAUGCCUCCUCAGCCUCUGAAACCUGGAGAGAUUCCACCAGAGGCCUUCAUCAUCCCCGGAUCUCCAGCCAUCAUCUCCAUCCGCCAUGACCCGGGCCCUGUGGAUGACAAGGGUGAUUUCAUAAGCUUCGGCAAGAAGGACGAGGCCAAGAAGAAGAAGAAGAAGAAGAAAGACAAGAAGGACAAAAAGGAUAAGGGAAAGGAUGACAGCGGGGAUGAUUAGAGGAGAAGGAGGUGACCAAAAAGCAGAGCUACCAGUUAAUCUACCGUACCAGAUUCAGAGCCAGAAAAAUAAACCAAAUGCACAAUAUAACCAAGGGGUUUCCUUUGUGCCAUGUUUGCAUAGACCUUGUACAGUGGCCAAAGGCUCGUUUGAUCAGCCUUGGCUCUCACAUUAACUGAACAACAAAUAUUCCUAAUCCAAAGGCUGGACCAAAUUGAAACAAAAAACAAUUUAUCCGUUAGCGUAGCCUUCCUGUGAUUUACCAUCCACUCCCCCAAGCCGCUAUCUGCUUUGUACAUUUGACAACAGAAAUGCGCCAUAGAUGGUGCUCUAUUUGUAUCCGACCACUGUCGGCUGCAGCAGCUGAUGUCAAUGUCUCUGGCACUCUUAUUUCUUACCAAGCCAACGUGAAGUGAAAGCCAAACGGAAACCAACAAAACAAUUGAAGUAGAAGCUUUCCCCUUCAGUCUUACCGAGGGCUUAUAGGAAUUCAGAACAUGACAUCUUUUGUAAAAAAGAAAAAAAAAAAGAAAAAAGUUCUAAUAUUUCCUAUGUAUCUUUCAUGAGGUAAUCACCUUUGAGAGUAUGAGGUGGAUGAGAGUAGCUGGAGCACGCAUUGACACAGCUGCGUCUUAAUGGAACAGCACAUUGGACGGGCUGAAGACCUGCACUGGGUUGCACCAGCUGUCCUGCAAGUUUGUCCCCAGGUUAGUUUAUAAGCAAGGGGCUUCAUAACUUGUAGUUCAUUUAGAAUUAGUAAGUUAUUGAAAUUGAUUGUACAGAGUUUUAUGAGUAUUUUGUCAGCAAUAGCAAUAUGUUGCUAUGGUAAUUAUUAAAACAGAUAUGCGACUAGACUGAUGGGGAAAUAGAAAAAUGAUUAAAAGAUAAUAGAACUGUUUUUGUCCAUUCUCUGCCAAUUAUUCUUUGCUAACAAUUUUCCAAAGCUGCUGUGAGUUUUAUCCUAUUUGUUUUAAUUGAUGUGUUUUCUUCUUUGGACUGUUCUAUAACUUAAACACUCUUCAUCUCAAAACUCCUGGAAGUGAGCAGAGCUUGUGGGUUUAUUGCCUUAAAUUUAUUUACAGUUAAUUUUUUUUUCUCUAUCAAGCAUAUGCUACUUGAACUAUAGUCUGAAAAUGAAUAAAAUCAGGGAUUAAUCAGUAUACCUCCAACCCCUAGGUGGUAGCACAGUGCUCCCAAUACAUUAUGGAAUGUGUGCGAUAGGCAUCGACUGGCACUAAUAGGAUACAUAUGCCACCUUGGUGGCAUUAAGACUGAAAUUUAUUUCAGGUGAAUUUUUUGCUACAAGGGGUUGAGCGUUUUUCACGUUUUGUUACAUAAACAUUUAGCCUCUGUUGUAUUUUUAACAAUUCUCAAAAUAGACAAGAUACUUUAGAGUCAGCAAUUCAAGCUGAUCUUUUUUUUUUUUUAACCUUCAGCUAGUUGACAGUGAAAGAUAAUCUGUAGAAAAUGGACAGAAACAUAGAAAUGCACAUAUAAGGGUAUUUGCUAAAUUGCUAAUGCGAAAACGUGCUGUUUGCAAACAAAAAAGGGAAAAUGCUACUUUACUGUUCGUGAGUGCAGUUUUGUGAUUAUGUAUCAGUUGCACUUGCUUUAUUGCUUGCCUAAUUAUAUAGUUGUUCCAUAGGGUAACGCUGAAUCAGACUGUUGUGGUAUUGCUUGUCAAGUGGGAAUUGGAAAUAACUAGGGAAUCUACAUGCAACGUAUGCGGACGGCCUCCAAACUUAUACAUGGCAAGGCACAAUAUGGUCUUAAUAAUACACUCACUCAGACUAAAAUUCAGACUCUUCUCGUCUCACACAUAGAAAAAAACAACAACAAACACUGUCUACCAAACAGGACACAUAAAAGAAAAAACAAGUUCAGAUCAAGAAUCCACACUACUUCCCAGAAGCAAAAGAACUGAAGGCCAGUGCUUAAUAAAAGAGUGUAUUAUAUGGCUCAGAAGCAGAAAGGUUGCUUGUCGCCUCAUUUCUGUUCAAGCCCCGAUCCCUCCGCCUCUGUCUUUGAAUGUUAAGUAGUUGUUCUUCGAGCUCUGCACCACUGCCUCAACUGCUUCAAUGCUUGUAGGAUUUGCUUGCCCCUGCUGCCUGUUUUCUCCCUCGACUCCUCAGAUCUACAUGGUUUGGCCUCUUUCGAGUCGCCCUCCUUCAGUGAACUGUGCAGUUGUAACAGCGCAUAACAUUUGUGUAUAUUCAUAUAGCCACACAAAGCGACGCAGGAAUACAAUGCAACACACUCGCAUUUCGGGUUCAAAUCAAAGCGAGCUUGGGCACUUCUGCUGGCGACUCUCACCUUCUGACUGUUCAUUGUUGGCAGCUCUGUUGCCUCUUGCAUGGGUUCCUAAGUUUGGCAUAGUGAAGACGCCUGAUAGGUUAGCAGGACCUCAGAUUAUGCUCUUCUGGAUGUGAUGGAGAGGCAAAAAGAGGAGACAGAGGGGAGCAAAAAAUCUUGGUCCAGUGCAACGCAAAGCAAAAUCGCUGGGCUACUUUUGUGCGAGUAAAGACAUUGGAGUUCCUCGAUAAGAGCUGAUGAACUUGGGUUGACUCAAAUCACUUACAAAGAGGGUGAAGCACAGUUCAUUGCUUAUGGAAAUGGUCUAAGGUUUGGAUUCAAUUAGAGAUGGGCUUGGGAGUUGGGGGAGGGGGUUCAAACUAACUGGGGGUGAAACUGUUUGUUGUGCAGUCAUUGGUGGUCAUCCCAAAAAAAAAAAAAAAGCAGAAAAAGAAAGAAAUUCUGCUAUUAUUCCUACUGUUGUUAUUGCUUUAUUGCUUUUGCUGAAACAAGGUUGCCCGGAAGUGCCAUGUCAAGUACCAAACUUGAGCGGUGAAAUGUGAACCACUGUUGGCCAGACUGUUCGAAGCAGUAGGCAUCAGGACAAAAAUUAUUAAAAGCGCCGGAAAAUUUCACCUCAGUGUUCCUUUCUUUAGACCAUCGUAUUGCCAAUCACCAUUGGGGUAUGUACGUAGGUGCUGCUAUAUGGCCCGAUCCCUCCCAUUCUCCCUGAUUCCUGCCCCCUCUGCGACUUUCUGCAGACAUACUUCUGUGCUGUCAGAUCACCAAGUGGCUGUUUGCAUGUUGUAAGCAAAGGAAACAGAUUCUAUAUAGAUACUAUAUAUACAUAGAUAUGUUUUUUUUUCUUCUCCAAUGUGUAUUGGAAUACAUAUAGAUCCGAUACUAGAAAAUACACUCAUGUUGAAAGUCUCGCAUUCAUCCAUCCAAGUAAACAGACGUCUACUUCAUAAAGACACACUAUUGCAAACAGUAAAUUGUGGAAAAACCUAAAAGAAUCACAUUUUUAUCCUGCUGAAAACAACUUCAAUCUACUAGAUAUACAUGAUGCUGUUGUGUUAUAUUAAGAAAGGCCUUUUUUUUUUAUGUUUUUACCCGUACGAUUUUCAUAGCGAAGAAAAUCAAUUCUUAAACUUGUGUUGAGCUUUGUAAUGAUCAAACAAACACCGAUGUGAAAUAGAACCAUUUAACUCAUCCUGCAUAUCUGUCUGUUGCUCAGUAAAAAGAAAACGUGAAAAAAAAGAAAAAAAAUGUAUAUAAAAACAUAAAAUGUUGUAAAAAAAAAAAAAACGAUAAAAUUGAUGUAAUCUCUGCUUGUGUAUAGUGAAUGUUCCUCAGUCGCUGGUUGCGGGAGCUGUGACUGGCUCAAACCGGUCCACUGUGUCCGUACAGAUCUGUUCAUGACCUUUUUUGUACACCUGCUAAUCAUUGUUACAGUGAUAAUAGUGGUUCUUAUGAUUUCAUCGAUCUGGUAAUGUGUUUUGUUAAGAAGUCACAAAUAAAGUUUUUUUCUUACAUA